CAGGAUUUGUAAUGUAGUGGAGCCAAUGGAGAGACUCUGAGAGCAAGUAUCUCAGUAGCUAUAGUCUGGAUUGUUUGAAUAAGGUACAGCUAGAGAGCAGGAUCUCAAUAUGUGGUGAUGUGGAUUUCUCCUUGGCAUUUUCUAUCUCAUGCUGAUUUGUGACGACAUGCUUUAGCGAGCGGAACAGGAAAAUGCUUUUUGCACAUGAAAAGGGGAUUUACCACUUCCUCCUUUGACAGUCUUUCUGGUGACAUGAAAGACAAAACUCGGUCAAAUGAACUUUAAUUAUUAUCAGUGGUCUAACAGAAGCUAAGAGUUCAUAGGUAGUCACAUGGAAAUAAAGGAGAACUAAAACUCAAUUAUUUGAUUUCUUUAUCUUUCUUUGACUUCCUUGAUUUAUUUAGGACUUGAAGACACAGAUCACAUACAAUUAGAAUCUACAAGUUUCUCAAAUUCAAUAAUGAGGAAUCCAAAUACUAGCAUCUGUGUGAUCAACGUCAACAUGGUGCCCUUUGCCACGCUCUACAUCCUCAUCUUCUUGAUUGGCAUGGCUACCAGCCUGGUAGCAUUGUGGGCCUUCAUAACCAGCCAGAGCGCGAAGAUGUGCAUCAAUGUUUACCUGAUCAAUCUUCUGACAUCUGACUUCCUCCUCAUGCUGGCCCUUCCUGUCAAGAUUGCAAAAAAUCUGGGUAAUGAGUCUCUGAGUUUGACCAUUUUUCACUGCCAAGUGAGUGCGCCACUCAUCUACAUCAACAUGUAUGCUUCCAUCAUCUUUCUAUCAUUCAUUAGUGUUCAGCGCUACCUCCAGAUCACUCGCAGCUCAAAACUGCUCCGACUGCAAGAGGUGGGCUUCGCGGUCCUGAUGUCAGCAGUGGUCUGGUUCCUUGUGCUCUUCAUCAAUGUGCCCAACAUGGCCAUUCUUAUUAAAGGCAACCUUCCAGACAAACAUCAACUAACCUGCUCUAACCUGAAAGAGGAUUUGGGCAAGCACUGGCAUGCACUGUCUGUAUUUUUGGGCAUGGCUAUAUUCUUCAAUGCCUCUGCAGCUGUGCUUCUGUCCAAUGGCUUGGUUUUGAAGCAGCUUUGGGGUCGACAUGAAUCAGAACUUGAGGACCAAGCGAGUCCCCGGCAUGCCUUCAUAAAUAUUGCACUGGUGACCUUGGCUUACGUGGUUUGCUUUGUGCCAUACCAUGCUGUGCGUAUGCCAUACACAUUUACGCAGAUAGAAUUUAUCACUGAUUGCAGUUUGAAGAAGAGUCUGUUCCUGGCCAAAGAGUCUACUCUACUCCUCUCCAUCUUACACCUAUGCUUUGAUCCAGUGCUGUACUUUGUUAUCUGUCAUGGAUUCAGACAUCAAGUCACAAAGGCCUUCUCAAACAGACACAGUGUUCCAAACUCUGACCCAGAGUAAAACUUUCCAUUGGAAAAUUGAAAAAUGGAUCAUUUAGGAACAGCAAGAAAUCCAACCAAGUUGAAGCCUGGAAAUGUCUGGGGAAAAAGAGAGUGCAAAUAAACCUGUGGACAAAAAUGGUUCAAAACAUAUUUUAAAACAGACACUCCAUGCCUUCUUACAUGACUAAGACUUCAGAAGUCAUAUUCAAGUCAUCAUUUUUAUUUGAAUAGCGCUUUUCAGAGCAGCUUUACAGAAAAUCAUACUGCAGUAUCUAUAACGUAUUAAAUGUCCCCAGUGAACAGCUUAAUUGAAAAACCUUGCCUUAAUGUUUUUGUCUUUAAGCCCCCAGUGAGCAAGCAAAAGGCAACAGUGGCAAAGAACAAAAAUGCCAUAGGAUGUUAGCUAGUGGUGGGAAAGAAAAAAGAAAAAGAAAAAACAUGGAAGAAACCAGAUUCAGCUUGGGGAGCUGCAGUUCUCCUCUGGCUAUACAGAUAUAGAAGACGGACUGAUUAUAGCUCAAAGGUGUUUAUACAAUUCAUUUCUGUUGUUAUUUAUACUGUAAGCAUUGAGAUGCUGUGGGAAAUUAUUAGUAUAAAUUGCAUUACUCACCUACGAAUUAAAUUAACAUUUCUAAUGAAAAAAUAAAUCAUUAUGAUUCACAAAUCUCUUUAAAAACUCUUAAUUAAAAAAAUAAAGCAACGUUGAAUAAAACAUUGUUUCCAAAGUUAUUUGUCUUAUUUUUCUAAAUCCCUUGAUUUGUGUUAAUCACCUUUUUGGUUGUAUUUCAGGUUACCUCAUUAUUCCCAGAAAUGCAUGAAAGAGAGGUCAUUUGUGCUUACAAAGAGUCACAAUUUGCUGUGAGUCAUGCCUCUGUUGGUAUGACUGUGAGUCAAAAAAGCCUUAUUAAUCCCACUGCUUGCCAAUGACACCCACUGCUUAUUAAUCAUAACCUGAGCUAGACAAUUAUUUAUACGUACAUCAUAAAUUGGACAUUCCCAUAUAUAAAGAAAAAAUAACAAUAAUUAUGAGCAGAAAAGCUUAAAUAUUUAUGCUGGGCUAUUGAACUGGCUUGGUUAGGUCAUGUUAUUUAUAACUGUUAAUCAACAUGGUCCA